UCUGCCAGCAGAGAGCCGGGCGGGCGCAGGGAUGUUCUAUUCGGGGAUCCUGACGGAGCCGAGCCGCAAGGAAGUGGAGAUCAGGGAAGCGGCGUCUCUGCGCCAGCAGAGGAGGAUGAAGCAGGCGGUGCAGUUCAUCCACAAGGAUUCUGCGGAUCUCCUCCCUCUGGACGGGCUGAAGAAGCUGGGCACUUCCAAAGAUACUCAACCACAUAACAUCCUGCAGAAGCGCCUGAUGGAGACAAAUCUGUCCAAGUUCCGCGGCAGCCGAGGCAGCUGGGCUCCGAAGGGCGAUCUCUCAUCACAGACCAACAGGCUGAACCACACCAGGCUGGGCAGCUCGGGGAAAACACAGGAUGAAGAGCUCAUAGUGGUGAGCUGCCAGUGUGCGGGGAAGGAGCUGAAGGCCGUGGUGGACACCGGCUCACAGCACAACCUCAUGUCAUCUGCCUGCCUGGACAGGCUGGGGUUAAAGGAGCAUCUCAAAGCACUCCCUGAGGAAGAGGGGAUGGUUUUGUUGCCAAACAAGGUGAAAGCCAUCGGGCAGAUCGAGUGUCUGUCGCUCACGGUGGGAGCGGUCCCCGUGGAGUGCGCUGCCCUCGUCGUGGAAGACAACGACCAACCCUUUUCCUUUGGUCUGCAGACACUGAAGUCUCUGAAGUGUGUCAUAAACAUGGAGAAGCACCACCUCGUUCUGGGGCAGACGGACAGGGAAGAAAUCCCGUUUGUGGGCACUGACAGUGCUGAGGCAGGAGAGCACAGUUUGGAGGCAUAAAGAGAAAAACUGAAACACCAUCCCCACACAAGAGCUUGAUAUCAAAGAAAUCCUGUGCAGCUGUUCCAGAUGAAACAGCAACGUGCUGCUUUGAAAACAUUUGUACAAGGCUACAGCUUGAGUAGAGCUAAAUGAAAUCCUGUUUGUAGCCAGUAAUUUAGAGAUAUUGUCAUGUUUAUCUAUGAGUUUUGAGAAACAAACGUGUGCUUAUUUUCUGGACUUUUCUAUAUGGUGUCCUCUUUAUUACAAACAGUUGGGAAAACCUGAUGAAUUUCUUCUGACAAGGAAAAUAAUUUUUAUAGUGGCCUCGUAUGAGUAAUUGUACUUAGCUGUGAUUAGAGGCUAUCAGAAUGAGAUUUUUAUUAAUGAUUUUUCCAGGGGCUAAGCAUUUAUAUUCACUUAAUUGAUAUUGCCAGAUUCAAAUGGCCAUUACCAGGAAGUUACUCAGAGUAAAAUAAUAAUGUUAAUACCACCUAGGAAUUACAGCUCAUCCUGUUAGCAUAGUAUUGUUGCCAUGUAAUUAGGGAUGCAACUGCUGGCUUGAUGAGGAAGAGCAAUUGCAGAAUUAUUAAUGGGUUACAGGCUUCUCUUCCUAUGGGGUAGUCAAGUAAAUGAAUCAUUACACCAGGCCAAAAAGCAAC